AGAUUGCCACGGUGAGGGUCUGUCUGAAAUCAUUGUUCAUCGUCUCCUUCCAUUUUUAUCUAUUGCGUAUUACUAAUUCCUUUCUUCUCUUUCCAUUCUUAACACGACUCAACGACUGCCAUGGGGAAGAUCCCUCUUUUCAAGGACGAGUACACAUUCGAGCAAAGGCUUGACGAAUCCCGCGAUAUCAUUGCCAAAUAUCCCAAUCGGGUCCCCGUGGUUGUUGAAAGAUACUCACAAGCCGAUCUUCCCGAGAUGGAUAAGAAAAAGUAUCUGGUACCUCGAGACAUGUCUGUUGGACAAUUCAUUCACAUCUUAAGCUUAAGACUUCGUCUGACCCCUGGAAAAGCGCUCUUUGUGUUUGUGGAGAAUACUUUACCUCAAACAGCUACCCUUAUGGACUCUGUAUAUGAAUCUUUCAAAGACGAUGAUGGAUUUCUCUAUAUGUGUUACAGCAGCGAGAAAACCUUUGGCUGUGCUAGUAAUCAGAUUUUCGAACUAUAAGCUGCUUACAUUACUGUAAAAUAGUUUGGUCCCCCUCCGUUGAAUGUUGAAUGUUGAAACUCAGCCUGGUGUUGGUGUUGUAGCAUCUAUGGACCAUCAUUCGUUCUGUAAGUCAUAUAUAUGCCUACAAUUUAAUGCUAUCAAUAACAAUGCACUUGCAUACUUGAUGGGAAACUUAAAAAGUUAUCCAUGUAUUGCUUACAUACGUUUAACUUUGGGAAAUCUGACAUCCACUUGUAUGUUAUUCUCAA